ACAUUUUGGAAUACGAAAACGAGGCUGAACGGAAGUAGCUGUCAGAAUUUUCUGUCUGUGUGUCAUGCCAACUCAGUGCAUUUAACGAAUUUACACUCUUGACGGGUUAAAAUCAACACUUAGGGCCAAUGGAUGUUCCAUCGGAAUUCAGAAACCCUGGUAAAAGGAGACCUAAGAAAGGGGGCUCUAAGCCUCAGCUUUAUGAAGACACAAGUAUGCAACCCCCUCCAUCUCAACACUAUGGAGGUCAGCAGGGACAAGGAAUAGAUAUGGAAGGCUAUGACCCAUCAGGCUAUGGUGGUCCCCCAGGAAUGAGUCAGAUCCCCGGAGCCCAGUAUCUCAAUGAUCCCAUGGCUAACAUGGCCAUGCAGUACGGACAGUCCCUGGCAGGCCAAGGCACAGAAUUCGUUCAUAAAAAUAUAGAAAAAUAUGUUUCAACAUCCAGAAUGAAGUAUUAUUUUGCAGUAGAUACAACAUAUGUAAUGAAGAAAUUGGGGUUGUUAUGUUUUCCUUUUACCCAAACUGACUGGUCAAUAAAAUUCAACCAAGACCAACCAGUGGCUCCAAGAGAUGACUGUAAUGCACCUGAUUUGUAUAUACCAUCCAUGGCAUUCGUCACAUACAUCCUUGUUGCAGGACUAGUAUUGGGAACACAUAACAAAUUCACUCCUGAGCAGCUGGGAAUUCAGACAAGUUCUGCUUUGGUGUGGCUUAUCUUAGAACUUUUUGUGUUAAACAUGAGCCUUUACAUUAUGAACCUAAAAACAGAUCUCAAGUAUCUUGAUAUAGUAGCAUAUUGUGGAUACAAAUUUGUAGGAAUGAUACUCUGCCUUCUGUCAGGAAUGCUUUUCGAGUCUACAGGGUACUACGUCACCUUACUGUGGUUCAGUAUAACCAUAGCCUUCUUCUUGGUUCAGACACUGCGAGUGAAAAUAUUGCCACACUCAGAAGACAGCAACUACUCGCGGGGAAGUAAGCGGAGCCUCUACCUGAUCCUCUCUAUAUCCUUACUUCAGCCCGUCAUGAUGUGGUGGCUAACGGGCUAUAUCAUGUUUGCUAAAUGAAACCAUCCUAAGCAUAUUUUGACAGACAUUUUCUCAAGGGAUAUUGUCACUUAUAGGACCACCCAGAGAUUCCUAUCAGAGUUACAUACAUUGCUUUGCAAAACUUCGGGUGUUGCUCUGAAAAAUCCAUUUUUGGGACAAGUUGAAUGCACUAUGGAAGCCAUGGUGGCAAUUGUGAAUAUGUUGAUGAAUGCAUUUCAGACUAUAUGGGCUAUUUAUGAGCUAAUUUUAUGUACUUUUAUUUGUGCCAAAGUUGUACAAUGUCUGCAUGAUCUAAGAAUAAAUGUAUGAAUGCAAA